CGGCCAGCUGUUUAUCAGAGUAAACACCGCCACAGAUAGACUGCCAGUGCUCGGCAAGACGGACUGGCAGCCUAACUCCAUAGCUUCAUCGACGACGCGGGUGUAGUAGCCCGCGAGCGCACCAGGACGACAGAGCAGAACAGUGAGACCAACCAGGGCAGGUUCAUUACCUCCGCGUGACAAACUACCGCACCACGAUGGGCCAUGUGGGUGUGCUGCGGCAAUAUAUGGCCACCGUUUUAGUGAAUCUACUCGGUGUUAGCUAUGGAAUGAUCAGUGGCUGGUCCUCGUCCGCUCUGCCCACGCUGCAGACAUCCGCCGGUGAUGAGAGGCUGCUGGAGUCGGGAGCCAUUACGCUGCAGCAAGCGUCCUGGAUCGGUGGCGCCCUCUGUCUGGGUGGGAUUGUCGGUACGCUCGUCGGUGGUGCGAUUGUGGACCGGCUCGGACGCAAGUGGACGGCUUGGAUAGCGGGACUGCCGUUGGUCGUGUGCUGGGUGCUGGUCAUCGUGGCCAAUCAUCCCGGCUAUCUGAUGGGAGCUCGCUUUCUCGGUGGGCUGGCGGGUGGUAUUGAGUUUGUCGUAACCCCACUCUACGUGUCCGAAAUAGCCUGCACAAGUCACCGAGGUACGCUGUCCUCGUUGCUCAUCCUGUCGUGUUGUCUGGGCGUGGAGUUUGCAUAUCUUGCCGGUGCACUGCUGCAUUAUUACACCAUCCCGUGGGUCUCCGUCAGCAUUCCAGUGUUUUUUCUCGCAACCUUCUGUUUCCUGCCCGAAACUCCGUCCCAUUUAGCCAAGGUGCAAAAGCUUGCGGCUGCCGAACGCUCAUUGCGCUUCUUCCGUGGCAUCCGGUCGGAAAAGGACACUAUCGGGGAGGAUGAGUACGUCCGUGAGCUUCAGCUGCUACAGAGCGUACACGCCAAGGACGCAACCGUGCUAUCGUGGAGCGAUUUCACGAGCCGCCAUGCACAGCUUGGCUUGCUAAUCUGCCUGACACUGAUGGCGCUGAAUCAGUUCUGCGGUUGCUUCUACAUGAUGAACUAUGCCCAGUCGGUAUUUGCCGAGUCUGGCUCGGUGCUGAAUCUAUCGCCCAGCCUGUCGGUCAUUGUGGUCGGGUUGAUUCAGCUCAUCGGGUGCUACGUCUGCACGCUGCUAGUGGACCGUAUAGGUCGAAAGAUCCUGCUACUCAUCUCGUCCGUUGGGUUGACACUCGGACAGAGUGUCUUUGCGUCGUACUGCUACGGUCAGGAGCUAGGGUACGAUCUAACGUCGUUCAGCUGGCUGCCUUUGGUUUGCUUCUCCGUAAUCGUUUUCAUUGGCACAGUAGGCGUCGGAACGAUGCCGUUCGUUGUGCUGGCGGAAAUCAUGCCACAAAAGAUCAAAGGAUUCGCAACCACCUUAUGCAUGGUGACGAACUGGACGUUUGCAUUUAUUGCGCUGAAGUACUUUUCAACACUCAGUAUUGUUUUUGGCAUGUAUGGGUUGUUGCUAUUCUUUGCAAUCUGUUCCCUCCUGGGCAUGUUGUUUGUGUUGUUGGCAAUGCCAGAAACUAAGGGUAAAACCUUCCAUGAAAUAGAACGCAUUAUGGAGAAGUAAACGACACAAAAUAAACAUUCACGUGAAAUCAUUUUCUGAAAAAUACAAA